AUGUCAAUUAAUAAAUUUUCCAGUUUCAAACUACCAGAAACUAUUAAAACUUCUGUAAAACAUAAAACAGAUAAAAAUAAAGAAGGAAGACCAAGGAUGCCGAUUUGGAAUAACUAUGAUAAAAGAGGUGAUAAUAGGCAUAGGCAUUUUGGAGCAAGUUGUCAUUAUUGUAACAGGAGAAAGUGGCAAUAUAUAAAGCUUUCUACCAUAGAAGCACAUUUAGCACUUCAUUGUAAAGGACCAGUACCAGAUGAUAUUAGAAGAAAAUGGUUAAUUAAAGUUGUAAAAAGAGGCGAAAAAGCAAAUGAUGAUAGAGAUGAUGAAUUUUUUAUUAAAAAAAACCUAAAACCAAUCAAUUAA